AUGGCCCGCCCUCAGCUGUAUCUACCAGAACCCUUUAAGGUUGCCUAUGGGAAAGUUGGCCAGUGUCGAAGCUUCCAGCAACUGAAAAAGAAAAAUGGCUCAUUCAAAAGGAAAGGAAUUGAAAGAUGGCAUAGAGCUGUGUCUACCAACUUAGUAAAACAAAAUGUAUUGGUCCCCAAAGAGGAAUCAUCCAGUGAUAGUGACAUGGGAUUUCAUGAAAGUCAGCAAAAUCAGAAAAAGAAUUUGAUGAAGAAAAUGAAGACUGCUUUUGGGAGGAUGCUGUCCUACAAACACAGAAGCAAGCCAGCAACUGCCAGCAAAGAGGGCUCCACUAAUCAGAAAGAAGCCCUCCUCUCAAACACGCAGAGCCUUCUUCCUAGAAUUGUCAAGGAGCUUCCGUCUCCCAAGUUAUUUACCAAACCAAAAAUGAGAACGCUCACAGAGAAUGCGACUAUACAACUUGAUGUUGUAGAAGCAGAGACAGAGGAGAUAACCCAAGGAAAUACACUCCUUCGGGCCAGGAGGACCACCAAGCGGUUAUCUGUGACAUCUCUUCCUUCAGGACUGCAAAAGGUUCCAUAUUCACCAAAAAAGAGACCACACUUUCCAGCACUUAAAAAAAAGAAACAUGGAAUGGAAAACAUCCUCCGAAAAUCAGACUUGACAGUAGGAAAGCUUCAAAUGCAGGUGGAUGACCUUAUAGAAAUAGUGACUGAUAAAUCCAUGAAGCUAUUGGCCCAAAGACACGCAGAGCUGCAACAGUGUGAGUCUCUAGGGGAUGAAAUUCUUCAGUCUUCUAAACAGUUCCAGAGGAUAUCCAAGAGAACCAUGAGGAAGUAUAAAUUGAAAAAUGUGUGUUUCCCAUUUACCUGUUGCUGCUUCUGA